UUGUAAUCAGCACCCAGAAGAUUUAAUAGUGGGUAUACGAAUUAUUCUCAUUUGUUGUGUUAUGUUCUUUUUUUGAUUAUAAAUACAUUUUCAAUCUAUUUUCCUCGAAGAUUGUCCUUUUCACCUCGCAUCCCUCCACAAGCCCAGUGGGUUCUUUAGCCGUGUCAAAAAACAGGAAUUUAGAACACUUCACGACGCUGAGGAUGGAUGAUCACGUAUAUGACACGAAUUUUACUGAAGAAAUCAGCAACAAAAUGCAAGUGCCUAAAAGCAUUAGGGUGAAUGGUGAUGUUUCCGAUUACCGGCCAACGAGUUUUUAUGCCGAUGAUAACAGUCGCUUUGGUGACAAUUUCGAUAUGAGAGUUCCAGAAAAAAUUGUACUCAUGGGUAAUAAUCAGCACAAAGGAUCAUCAUCAAAGCCCAGAGAGUUUGCGAUUGACGAUUUAAUUAUUCCUCAGCCACCUCCAGAAGAACUUAUACGUGUUCAAACUCCACCACAAAAAAUUACAAUGUCAAGACACUACUUUCCAUCUGUCCUAGAUGACUUUGAAAAACAAUCUGUAGUGUCUGAGGAAAACUUGUCAGCUGAUUUAAAUAAUGUUGAAGCCGUGACAAAAACGGUGAAGCCUACAACAAAUCACAAUGCGAGCUUUUUCAAUACUAGUGUUGGUGAACCAAUGACAAUGUCUGAAGAAGUAGCUCACUUGCGUCAGCAGAUGGGUCGUGUAUCGCGAAGAGUUAUUGAACUUGAACAUACAGUUUCUCUUCCUUUCUAUAUUAGGGAGAAAAGAUUAAUUUUCACAUUAGUAUGUGGCUAUUUGGUUUUAAAAUUUACUUCGUGGUUGACCAAGCGUUAGUAGCAUUUAUUUCACAACACAUAUACUUAUAAUUGCCAUACUGA